AUGUCCGACUGCACCACCCAAGGCGAUGGCGAUCUCUACGGCCUGGGCGUCCGACUCGGUCUCUACCUGCAGUGGAUCGCAGGACUCCUUCUACGAAACUGCAACGGCUCCUGGGAAACUAUCUCGGCCGUGCGCAUCGCCAACAACAUCCUGUGUUUCUCCCUGAUCCUGACCCUGGUCAUAUACACAGCCGAAGGAUCCACCCUCUCGGUCGACUAUCUCAUAGUCUACUAUCUCACCAUCGCCCUCUUCUACUCCGAAUCCUACAACCUGUUAGAGAAAAGCGAAUCGUCCUCAAAUAGUAGCACUUCCUCGGGGUAUAUCCUCCGACCAGAUGUGCCUCUUAUCGCACAGAACCUGCUCUUCGCAUUCACCAGCUUCUUCGGCGCUUGGUUCUGGCUUUCCGGCGUCCACGAAGCCUCAGAGCCCACAUGUACCGCGCAAGCCGCUCUCUUCGGUGUCUUCGAACUGAAUGACACGAGCUGGCGACCGUUCGCAACGACAAUGGCCAUCAUCACGGGUUUGAUAUUUACCUUCUUCUUCGUGGCGCACACCAUGGAGCUACUCACAGGGACCGAAAAAGGCCCCGUGGCCCGCGCAUUUGGCAACGCGGGCGUGAUCGUAGCCGAGGGGCUCUUCGUCGGCUCCGGAGCGCGAUAUAGGACGAAGAAACGGCAUUCGGGACUGCGAUGGCUCCUCCGGCCCCGGUUAGUGAUGCCGUGGAAUCGAAGAACGUACGCGGAGCGGACUUGUCUUGGGUUUUCGCUGAAGGUGGUCCAUUGGGUUCUGAUUAACCUGGCUGGUCCGUUGGUGGCGAUCAUCUCGACGGAAAAGAUGCUAAGGGCGAAUCAACUGGAGAUGGAUGGUAUUACAGAAUCAACGGGACAGAUGAUCGCGUUGAUUACGGGGAUUAGUAGUACUUGUGUCGCACUGAUGCAGGUGAUCAAGGGUGCUGGCGAUGGGAAGGCCGAUAGUAUGGAGGAUAUCGUGUUGAGAGAUGUGUAUCACAGGACGCAAAUCACCGAGAAGACCUUGACGGGGCUUGAUACUCGGACUGGAGAUAAUUCCAACUUCCGAGAUGAGUUUGGCGUCGAUGAAGAGCAGUAUUCACCGCGAUUAACGAACACUUAUGCACCCAAGCUGCCGAAAUCGUUGCGGGAGACGGCGAAUAUCGUUCCGACACGCCAGAAAGAUACUCGUCUAAUCGACGCAGUAAAGCAGAACCAGGACAAGGUAGUGGAAGAAUCGAUCUCAGGCGGGAUUGACCCCAACCUUCGCGACCAAGAAGGCCGGACAGCAUUGCAUUGGGCUGUGAUUCAAUCCCAGAUAUCAACAGCGCGGCUUCUUUGCGCCCACAGCGAGACCGAAGUAAACUGCAAGGACCUUCAAUACGGAAGAACGCCGCUGGCAUGGGCUGCUGCCGGCGGAAACACAGCCAUAGCAGAGUAUCUCCUCUCAAGAACCGAAACCAACGUCAAUUCAGAAGAUCGAUACCAGCAGACACCACUGUCCGAGGCCGUCCGGCAAGGCAACACCGCGAUCGCGGAGCUGCUCCUCUCGACAAAAGGCGUGAACUGGGAACCUUUGGACCGAGAGAACCGCACGCCGCUGUUCUGGGCAGCGAAGAGCGGAAACGAGGCUAUGGCAGGGCUGCUGAUCGAGGGAAGUGCCAACCCAAACGCCCGAGAUCGCCUAGGCCACACACCACUAUUCUGGGCUGCACGAUCGGGACAGACAGAAAUGGUGCAGUUUUUGAUCGAACGGCAAGCCAGAACCGACCUGAAGGAUGUCUUUGAUCAGACACCACUUUUUUGGGCGGCAAAGAACGGACAUCCAGCCGUUGCCCAAUGUCUACUCCGACACGACGCAGCCGAUCUAAAUGACACGGACAAGUAUAGCCGCACACCUCUCUGCUGGGCCUCGAUGCAUGGCCAUGCAGCCGUCGUAGACGUCUUGCUGAAACAGGCGACUAUUGAUCACAAUCCAAGAGACAUGGACGGACGUACGCCGCUCAUCUGGGCCGGCAUUAACGGCCACGAGGCUGUCAUCAAGCUUCUGCUUGACGAAACGGGCAGUGCUGAUUUGGAGGCUAGAGACGAGUACGGACAGACAGCCUUGUCGAUGGCUAUGCAACGUGGCCACCAGGAGGCAGUGUAUGCGCUUCUAAAACCUUUUAGUUAUAUGCAUUUAUGA